CCAUGGCGACAUGUUCAAGGAUUUUACUGUUAUUGAUGGCCACGCUGAUAUUCCUCGGAGAAAUGAAAAUUGGCUAUUGCGGAACAACUGCAAAACCUAUGCCUUCGCCUUCUGCCCCUUCUCCCUGUGGAUCCAUUGAAUCCAUUAUCACCCAGGAUUUCUUUAACCGGAUUAAAUCAGGAAUUUCUGCUUCUUGUGUGGGAAAGAAUUUCUACACUUACGGUGGCUUUAUCAGCGCAGCAAAAGCUAGCGAUUUCGCCGAUUUUGGCACCACCGGAAGUCUUGAUGUUCGAAAGAGAGAGCUCGCUGCUUUCUUUGCCAACGUCGCCCAUGAGACUAUAGAUCUGUGCUAUGUGGAAGAAAUCGAAAAAGACACCUAUUGCGAGCCUUCCACAGAAUAUCCAUGUUCAAGUGGAAAGCAAUACUAUGGACGAGGGCCUCUUCAGCUAAGCUGGAAUUACAACUACGGAGCGGCGGGAAAAUAUUUUGGACUUCCACUGCUGACUAGGCCAGAUUUGGUUGCCCAAAAGUUAGACGUUGCGUUCAAGACUUCGCUGUGGUUUUGGAUGAGCGGCAGCAACUGUCACGACGCCAUGACUUCAACCGGCGACGGAAAAGGAUUUGGCGGCACAAUAAUGGCCAUAAAUGGCGGAGAAUGCAACGGAGGACGACCAUCGGCGGUGCAGAAUCGGGUUCGUCAUUACGAGGAAUUCUGUAAAAUGCUCAAUGUCAGCACCGGUCCCAACGUCUCUUGUUAGCAUUUCUUUCGCUCAAGACAAAUCAAUAAAUAAGUAUAUGAAUUCUG